UGUAUCGCGCAUGUACCUGACCAACCCGCAUUCACCGACAUUUCCAAAUCUAGAUUAGCGCCACUUGUUGUUGCACUGGGCGGGAUAGCGUCGUGCUUAGUGUCUUGGCGAUUCAUUGCCAACCAGGCCGAUAUGAUCGAGGAAAGAGUGUCCCCCAAACAUCAUACUGGUAAUCGACAGCUUUACUGACGCUAUACUCAGCCAUCAUGAACGACUGCUCUCGCACUGUCCUCCAUGUGCCAGUCGAAACACAUGUUUGCAGUGAACAGUCCAGAGCCGCCUCGAGUCCUUUUCCAAGACUGAGUGUUCUUGCUAACGAUAUGCUCUCCCUUGAACACACUCCGACACAUCUGGUCCAUGUCGUCCAACGAAACGCCGAAACUUUACUUUUGCAGCUUCCUCCGGAAAUCCGUAACAAAAUCUUUCGAGACGCUCUGGCGGGUCUGAAGGUGGAGGUGCGCGCGUUCAUGGCUGCACCAAGGCUAUACAGAGUCGGUCCUUCAAACGAUUACAAGUCGCCAAGUGCGAACCUCAGCCUCCUGCAAGUGUGCCGUCAAAUCUACAACGAGACGGCUACGCUCGUCUGCAGUGGUGAUACUCUUUUUACGGCAGUUACUUUCAGUGACCUGAAAAUGCUUCACAACAAAUUGAACAUGGCUCAGCGGGAGCGCUUGGCUAGUCUUCGGCUUUCCACACCUUGCAUGAUUCAGAUCGAUGCACUCAAGGUACAACUCAUUGACAUGUUCAGAGGUCUCAGAAGGGUUGAACUGUGCUAUUGGGAAGGCAUGGUAGAUUUGGCUGAACGCGUGAAACACGAACAACAAAGAUCGGGACUGGAAAUCCUCAUUGCGUAUCGUUGAGUGAGAAAAUUUUCAUUAAUU